GCGCAUGCCAUCACAUUGUUUUACUUGAUACGAAGAAGCGUUCAAACUCAGAGUAUGCCACCUUUGAAUUUCGUACUAAUAUUUCUGUUGCUGACAUCAGAAGUGAAAUUCUUGAUGAAAUCCACAAGUUUCCCUUCCCCUUCAACAAAUAAUU